CCACCGCACCAGUCGGACGUGCGGUCGUCGCUCGAACGUACGGCCAGUUAUGCUGUGUUUAUAACUCGAAAGCUGAAGUGACACGAAUUAUUUUGACGCAUUAUUCUACUGAAUACGACCCCUAAACCUUCAAAAUGCCGCUGCGGCUUUCAAGAAACGGGUGUUCGGUGUUCGUUCGGGAGAACCUGCUCACUCUCCUGACCAUCAUCGGGGUAGUUUCCGGGACUCUCCUGGGAUGGGGCCUGAGGGUCUCCGGCUACGAGUGGACCAGGAGAGAGGUCGUGUACUUCCAGUACCCGGGAGAACUGUUCCUGAGGAUGCUGAAAUGCCUGAUCGUCCCUCUACUGGUCUCCUCCAUCGUGUCCGCUAUUGGGUCCUUGGAUCUCAGUCUUUCUGGCAAAGUGGGUCUGCGUGCUAUCAUCUAUUACAUGACGACGACGGUCUGCGCCGUGAUGCUCGGCAUCGCGCUGGUCACCACCAUCAAGCCUGGCAAAGACCCCGAGGCCUACCAGCAGCCCAACGCCACCAAGGUCAUCACUAAGGAAACUCUCACUUCGGACACCUUGCUGGAUUUGAUAAGGUACCUAAACAUGAAACCCGAGGGUAGAAAUAGUUUCAAUAUUGCGCAGCAGGCGGCGGGCGCAGCAAACUGCGAUGACGGCGUCAUGUGCAGCGAGGUGCGGACCACUGUGGACCAGCAAAGCUCGCCGACCGCAGCUAAAUUGCAUUGA